UCAGAAAGAAAGAGAUGAGCUUGAAUGUGACGUUUGAUGCUUCUAUUAUGCACAAAUUCCUUUCCUUUUUAGCUACAAACUAAAGUUGUUAAAUGUUUUAGUCCUAACAUCCUUGCACUGCUACAAGAAUUUGAUCAUUCUGCAGCAUAUAUAUAUAUAUAUAUAUUACUUGAGAGAAAAAAAAGAAAACCAUAUUGUCCUUGUGAUGAAUCUGAUAUGUCAGUUGAGUUAAAUAGGUUCGAAUUUUCAUAAUUUGAAUUUAACAUUUUGAGCUUCUCUGAGUGAAUUUGUUCAUCAAAAUAGUAGCUUUAUAAUUUUGGUUCAGACACUCUCAGGCUAUAUCUUCAUUUCGGCAGACCUGAAGUGACUUGAGUUUCUCUCUUUUGUUUGCUUGUGUAUCAAGAAAGGAAUUCAGAGAAGAAAAAGGAUAGGAAUUAUUGGAAAUGGAGGGAAAAGGAUAUUCAGAUUUCAGUAGAAAUACAAGCGAAGAAUUGUUCAUAAGAAAUAUGAUGGAGAACUCAGUAGGACUGCCUGCGCCUACAAUGGAGAUGUUGGGUUUUAGAAACAUCUCUCAUUCCUUUCGAACUGAUAGUGAGGAACUCUUCAAAAGCUGGCUCACCAGUGCAGAGAAUAAUGGCAGUGAUUCUACAACAAUGGCUCACCGAGCUCGACAAGGAUCACGGAGGAUCUCCAGUGAACUCGCUGGUCUAUCAAAUCAGCAGUAUGCGGGAAUUCAGAAAAGAAAAGUGAUUGACUCUCUGCAGCCACAAAAUGCAUCUACCAGCCUUAACCAACAUUUAAGCAGGAAUAUCACAGAUACGGAAAUGCAAGCCAGUAAUCUCUUUUUAGCCAAGACUUGGUUUCAUAGUUCUCAGCCCAUGACGAGGAGUCGCUCCUCUGAGUUAAGGAGGAGGUAUGCAGCCAUGCAAAACUCACAGUCUUCUCUAGCUCGUGAAUCCCUGCAUAAUAUACCUGGAAAUACUGUUAACUUUAAAGAAGUUUCUGAUCUCACUUACAUGUCAAUGUGUGAAAUUACCAAUCAACCCAAUACUUUUAUAUCUCCAUCAAAUUCAUCCUCAUCUACUUUUGAAACUCAGCAAGUGGAUGGUGCAGAUAAUAUUUCAUCUGUCGUAAGCAUGCUAAAGGUUACUUUAGAGCGGAAGAAAUUAACAAACUAUCACACUGCUAGGGAAGGCAUUGAGGAGAAUAUGCUAGGGUGUUAUGGUAAUCAAGACAUUGAGGAGAAUAUGCUAGGGUGUUAUGGUAAUCAAGACAACUCUGGCAUGAAUCAACAUCCAGGGAAUCAUAUUUCUGAAAAUCAUCAGGAUGCAUCCAUUGUUCAAGUCAGAGAUACAGGGAUUCUUCAAACAGUUCAGGGGUCAUUAGAUGUCGUCUUAGAAGGUAUUAUGGCUCCCUCAAACCCAAUCCAGAUGUGUGUGGUGUCACAGGAACCUUCCCAAAGUGAAUCCUCUGUUGCUGCGCCAAUAAUUUCAACCAGUUUUGAUGCAUGUGAUGGUCUAAGCAAUGCAAGUCAAGCUUUAAAUGUGUACGAGGGCUCUAGAAAUCAAGUUGGAUAUGCAAGGAGCUCAGACAAUGGUUCAACUGCCAGAGAUCUUAGGGAACGAAUAUAUGAUAACGUGAAGGACAACCAGAAGACACCGCAGAAAGAAGGUUUAGUUCGAAAUGGAUCUUUGACAUCAGUUCAGUCAGCGGAAAAUGGAGAUCCUACAAAGAAGCGAAGGGUGGAGCGGUCUCGGAAAAUGGCAGAAGCCAAAGAGAGAAAUUUAACACCAGCAAUUCCUUCAGAUAUGCAAUCCCUUUUGAAGCGUUGUGAGAAUCUGGAGAAGGAAGUCCGUUCACUUAAACUUAAUUUGGCGUUUAUGAAUAGGUAACAAUUGAGCAUGUCAUGAGGUUUAUCAUGCAUCAGAUUUCAAGGUUGGCUGGUAUAAGCACUCCACUGGUUUUACCAAUUGGAAACAAUUUUCUUCUGUAAAUAUGCAGAAGUUUCUCAAAACAUGUUCCAUUAUAACCUUCUCAAAGCCCAUGUCUCAGGCUUGUUAGCUUAGGUGGUUUAAUAAAAUCCCCGACUCCAUAAGUAUGGAAAAAAUAAGAAGAAGAAGAAGAAGAAGAAGAAGAAGAAGAAGAAGAAGAAGAAGAAGAAGAAGAAAACAAGAAAUGAGCUCAGUAGCGUACCUAGAAAUCAAGUACAAUGAGAUCCUGCUCGAAUGCAUUUUUUUACUGUUGUCUAAUCAAAGAUGUAGUUUUGUUGGAUUUUUACCCCAUCUUAGCAUUAUUAGUACUAUAUAUUCAAUGACAAUGAAAGGUAAAGCAAUCUUUGAUAAUCAGAGUUUUCUAAUCACAGAAAGGAUUCUGAACAAACUACGCAAAUUGAAGAGCUGCAGAAGCAGAACGAGGACUUGGUCAAAGAAAAAGAGCGCCUUCUUGGAGAA